AGCGUGACACCCUCUGUGCUCUGGGCGUUUGUCAGGUUGGUCCAUGUAAUUCAUUCCACUUCUUUAAGCUUGUCAUCUCCAUGAAUGGCCUUACGACCCAGGCUGGGCUCAGACUCGGGCCAAUAUUGCUCGAAACUCUUGUCAAGCACUAUCUCGAACGCCUGAAAUCCAAGGCGAAAGAAGACGAUCCUACUAUCACGCAACUCAGGCAGGACGAGCUGUUAUACGACGAGGCCUUCACGGUCGUCAAGAAGUUUCUCACUGAGGCUAGCUACCACACUGUCGAAGAGGUCCAAGCGUUCGGGAACACACGCACCCCGUCGCCACCAUGGGUCCAUGUGGUCCGACUCGUCAUCCCGAUGUCAUGCUGCGACGAUGCUGCUCAAUAUGUUAUUACCGCUCUGGGAGGCGAAGAGGUCGCGCGCCGCGUGGUCGGCGGCUGCAAGUGGUGGCAGGUCCGAGGUGUCUCCGGGAUCGACGCGCAGUGGAUUACAGCGAAGAAGGACUGGCAGGAGGCCAAGCGGCGCGACAAGAUGCGCGACAAACCCCCGCCCAGCCCGUCGUCCGCUUCUGGCCCCGAUUCCGCGCCGUACGAGGCGCACAUGGAUGAGAUGCGGUGCAUACUCUACUCGCAUGGAGGCGGGUACUAUUUUGGCAGCGUGGACCAGGAGAGGUACAGCAUCCAGCGGCAUGCUCGCAAGAUCAACGGACGGGUUUUUGCUAUCAACUACCGGCUGGCUCCGCAGUAUCCCUUUCCGUGUGCUCUGCAGGAUAUCUUGGCUGCUUAUCUGUAUCUGAUUCGACCACCACCGGGUGCACCGCAUAGGCCUCUGAAUCCGGCACACAUCGUUGUUGCCGGAGAUUCGGCGGGGGGAGGCCUUACUCUGGCGUUGUUGCAAGUCCUUCGCGACACGGGGCUGCCUCUUCCCGCGGGGGGAGUGCUGAUCUCGCCAUGGUGCGAUCUGACGCAUUCGUUUCCGAGCAUUCACACGAACACUGCUACGGACGUCAUUCCGGCAUUCGGGCUGUCGUUUCAGAAACCAAGCUCGCUGUGGCCUCCGCCAUCGGAGGAACUGAGCCAGCGAGUCCAUGCGUCACUACGCACUUGGAUCCGUAGCACGUUCAAAGGCCAGGCUGAGCCCCUUUCCGAGCCAGCGACGCCGCCUCUGCCGAUUCCCUCCCACACUGAUUCAGCGAUUGAUGUUGGAGCGACGGCACCGAUGCCACUGCAAGGCAGCGAGGUGUUUACGCUGACUACGAGUUCUGGCAACCAGCUACAGAUCGAUCAGCAGGUGCAUCUCUACGCGCAGAAUUCGCAGCUCGCGCACCCUUUAAUUUCCAGUUCCUUGAGCUAUCUGGGCGGACUCCCGCCUCUGUUCUUCAUUGCCAGUGAUAAAGAGGUCCUGAGGGAUGAAAUCAUCUACGCUGCUCACAAGGCAGCAAAGCCUGAGACACAUCCCAUCAAGGAAGAGGUCAGGGCGAUGUACCCCCCGUUGGACGGCAUCGAAGCAAAGUACGGGUCAACUCGCGUGCAUCUGCAGGUCUACGACGACACGGCCCACGUCCUGCCUGUCCUCUUCUCUUUUACGACUCCCGGCAAAUUCUGCUACCGUGCGAUCGCUGCAUUCUGCAGAAACGUCACGGGCAUGAAGCAGCCUCCUCCCCGGCGUGACAGCAGCACGAAUACGAAGUGGGCUGACAAGAACAAUCUGAGUCAUCUUCCUCCCCUCCCACCGUCCCCCAUGAAUUCCGCUGGGUUUCCGAACUCGGACGGCCAGGAACCGGGACGCCGCUCUGGGUUGCUUUCGAGACGGCUGUCCGUCUUCCGGUCGCCCUCUUUGCCGAUUCCUCCGGCCAGAUCUGCCUCCCUGGGCGUAGAUGAGGCAGACACCAGGAACUCGUCCUACUUUUCCUAUUUCGGAACACCGGGUUUGGUCUCCACUCCGUCGGAUCUAUUAACGACACCGAGCGAUGCACCGCUGACCGGAUCGCCGCCUUCGACACCGCUGAUGCUCGAUGAGGAGCGGGCCGCCGGCGAGCCGGAGAUCUACGAGACCAAAGAGUGGAAGGAUGGAGCGAUGCUGCGGGAACGGGUGUCUACCCGUGGGGCGGUGCGGCCGCUCGAGCCAGAGUCGGAACUGGCUGCGUUCAGUCUCGAGCCGGAGAAGAUCGGGGUGAUCUCUGAGCUGGCGAUGCAGCGGUACAUCGACGGCCGGCGCAAGUUCAACAACAAGUUCGCGAGCGCUUUCAAGACCGUGGAGAAGCACCGGAGGCGGAACCUGGAGCAGGCGAAAAAGGACAUCGUGAGAAACACGAUGCUGAUACAGAACAUGGUCGGCAGAGAGGACGGCGAGUCGGAUACGUCGUCGGGGCUGGCGGUGUCGGGGAAUUGGGGCUGGGCGUGGGCGUUGGACAACCAUGAAAAUCCGCCUCCGAGCAGCAUCGUUUCGCGCCGAGACACGCACGAGGCGCUGCGCCUGGCUCGGAUUGCAGACCAGUCUAUGCUGCGGCCCGAGGAGCAUUCUCUGACUGCGAACAACCUGUGGUCGGUCAUCACUAACUUUUUGACUGUAGACAAACGGCGGAGUGAGACGGGAUCUGUCGAGGAUGCUGAGGCGGCUACUAGUACACCCAGACCUCCGCUCAGAAACAAGUCGUCCACGCUGUCCAAGAUUUUUGCGCAGAGGUCGAAGGAUCCUGCAGCUGAGGCUAAUGUCUAAACAGCAUUAUCUUUAUAGCUCAUAAUUGUAAUAUUAUGUUCAAUUAUUCCACUCGUGUGGUAAAUAUGGGCAGCGGUCAUAAUUCAGUCCAUGCGCAUGAAGAAGCCGAUGCUUGGACUACGGACGCAACUCUGAUCAUUCGAAUUUCUCUCGCUGUGCUGUCUUUCCUACACGGCCUAUGCAUUCGCAGUCCAAACUGGAUCGAAGCGGGGUAAACAGAUGUACUGUAUCACAACGGAUUGAAUAGCAGUGUCUUCAGCAUAGCUGCUAGACCGCUGCCAGUCGGCGGUAAGUCCGACGGACGGACGCAUGUCUCCACCGCAAGAGUGGCCAUCUCUUGCUGAAUCAAAGCCUGCAUGAAUCCAGGUAGAUCCCCAUUCUUGCGUGUAAGCCAUAGCGGAUGGGAAGGAUAGGCUGAACCUGCAGGAUCCUCGAGUUCAGUGGAUGCACCGCCGGCCCAGACGCAUUUGUUCGCCCGGACAGCCCACUUGCUAGCGCUUUUGGCGUCGCCGAGGCAGAUGUAUGCGUCGCGCAGGCCCGCGAGGACCUUGUGGUAUUCGUCGCGAGACUGGACUUUCUCCUUCUCAAUCAACCGCAGCUGUUUCAUACAUUGCUCCACCAGCCAUUUGUCAGAGAGCUUCUUGUUGGCCGCCCAGACAGCCGGGGACGGGGAGAAACUUCUGAUUGCUGCGCGACGCACAUCCGAGAUGCUGGAAUUCUUGCACGCAUCGCAGGCACAGACGAGAUCGUAUGGCGCCAGGGCCUCCUGUCGCUUUACGGCAGGGGCUAAGCUGUCGACGUAGUGGAAUGUGAGCUCUUCUCCGUCGGCAACAUCGCGGACAGCAUAGAGAUUGUACGACAGAGAUCCGCGGUCGAAGAUGGGCUUGGUGUUGGCCGAGCAGCUAGUAAGAUUAAGAUCGGGCAUGGGUCAGGGCAAGAGUGACAACUCAGCCAUCUUGACGCACCUGUGAUUCAGCCGAGCGAUAUCUUUCAGCACUGCACUGUACAUCGAGGCACACCCUGUGGCAUCGUCGGUAUCGACUCGCAGCCCUCUUAGCCCCAGCCCAUUUGUGCGCACGAUACCAAGGAUGGGGCCGCUGCCAUCUUCUUUGUGACUGUUGGCUAAGGAGAAAAAAGCCGCACGAUUUUCAGGCGACAUGCGCUGAACACAGCCACUGAGCACACGCUCGCGCUCGUCCAGAGAGUAUUGUAUCCUCUGCUCUCGACUUAGGCUCUCGGGAAGACUCAGCCGUAUGCCGGGGGGAACGAUCAUGAGCGGACGUUCGCUGAGGAUCAGCUCCCCUUGCUUCAGCGCUCGAGUGCUGAAAAGGCCCAGUCCCUUGCCAGGCGCAGGCGCAAUUCGAUAAGCUGGGUCUGGCUGCAUAGGCUGCGGUUGGGGAAGGGGGAACCCAGGGAUAUCCUUGAAGAGCUCUUUUGUUCCGGCGUAGAACAGACACUCUGUCUGCCCCUGGCCAACAUCACACGGAAGAGUCGUGUAUGCCAUAGGACUCGCGCUGGUAAUAAGUAAUUCAGAAGAGGAGACCGAGAGAUCCUCCGGGAGUUUCACUCUGUCUCGUCUACCGUAGGGCAGCGGAAUGAGCCCAGGGAUGGGACGGGGAUGUUCGGCAAAGGGCAGGCCAUUCGAGGAGAAAUUCGGAGCACUAUCGGGCACCCCUUCCGCUGGUGAAGCCGCACUCAGAAGUUCGUGAUCCUGCACCGUAGACUUGUCAACGUCCACGCUCGGUCGCAUGAGUGCAGCAGUGUACGGCACGAGGCAGAGGAAUGCAAUUGCCAAGUGCUUCCAUGUCAGAAUCGUCGUGCUUCAUUUGUAACGAAGCCUGCAUUUCAUUUCAGGCCAAGCGUGCGAGAGUAAAUGGGAAGAGGAAGGCGUCACUACUGUAACGCUACACACGGUUUGCACUGGAUUGUGUAUUUCACCCUUUCACGCAGGGCAGGCCGACAGUGAUCAUAACCACUUCCAGUCUCAGAAUCAAUGCAGCCUGCUCUCCCAUACACUGCGUUAUUCACUCGAAGGCCAAGAUUUGAAAAGCGGAAGGCAAGGGCAGCCCGAGCCUCACUUUCCACCCAGUCACGCUGCAAAUGAACGGUUCU